UCCUUAAAUUUUUAUUAAGUAUAUGUUGUUCUUCUCUGAAGGGUCACUGAUCUGGUUUUGUCCUGCCUUCUCAUUUCCAGCAUUCUGUUCUCUUCCAUUUCCUUCAGUAUGGCUGCCCUGCACAACGGGGCCCAACUGGACUGAGGGGGGAGACAGGACAGCCCGGGGUACAGGGUAGACAGGGGGGUCCCGGACACCCAGGAGUCCCGGGGAGCAGAGGAGACCGGGGUUACCCAGGGCCAAGGGGGGAGCCUGGAAGGACAGGGACCAGAGGGACGGACGGCAGACAGGGGCUGAAUGGUCAACCAGGACCACCUGGGCUCCCUGGGCUACAGGGCCCUGAGGGCUACCCAGGAGAAACGCCCCCACCAGGAGAGAAAGGGGAUAAGGGCUUCAAUGGAGAAGCAGGGCUAUGUGGAAAUCGAGGGGAACCUGGCUGGAAGGGGUCCAAAGGUGAACCAGGGCUUAUGGGUGCUGUUGGACCCCCUGGAGCGAGGGGUGUCCGAGGGAUGACUGGGCUGCGGGGGGCAGCUGGGCCGUCGGGGUAUUAUGGGUCAGAUGGGGCUGCAGGAGCCCCAGGAUUACCAGGAGCCCCAGGUUUCACUGGACGGGUUGGGGUACAGGGAGCAUCAGGUCCUCUGGGGGAGCUAGGCCAGUGAGGUCCAGCUGGCCAGAGAGGUCCUCAGGGACCUGAAGGCUUAGAAGGUUGGAGGGGCUCAACUGGCCCCCCAGGUCCUCAGGGACAGCCAGGAAACGAAGGACUACUUGGGCCUAAAGGUGAUACUGGCCAAUCAGGCCCUGAGGGGCUACAGGGUGAGUGUGGUGUGGAGGGACUCAUGGGUCCAUUUGGCUUUUGGGGUCUGCCUGGGUUUCCAGGGAGCAGAGGAGACAGAGGAUUGGAUGGAAAUAAGGGAAAUCAUGGACCAAAAGGAGAUGCGGGUUUGCGAGGUGCUCCAGGAAUCUGGGGUCCCCAGGGGGACAGUGGUCCGUAUGGAUUACCCGGUGUGCCUGGGGUCAGAGGUCAAGCAGGUGUGCAAGGCUUACAGGGUGAAAACGGAGAACCUGGUCUCCAGGGAAACGCCGGCACAGAAGGUCCAAAGGGGCAGAGAGGAUCUCCAGGCCGUGAUGGGAAGGCAGGUCUCAGGGGGUCCAAGGGGGACUCAGGACAGCAAGGUCACGCUGGUGAACCUGGGAUGCCUGGUCUGCGAGGCCUUCGUGGACCUGAUGGACCAGAAGGAAAGUCUGGGACUUCCUGGCUCCAUGGGACAUGAAGGAAGCUGGGGACCCAGAGGUUUUCAUGGACUUGCUGGAGAAGCUGGACCAGGUGGACUCCCAGGAACUCCAGGUCCUCCAGGGUGGCCAAGACAAGACGGCAACCCUGGACCACCUGGAGAGCAGGGGUACAUUGGGCAGCCAGGCUUGGAAGGUCCUCAGGGACAUUUAGGGCUGUGUGGUUAUCCAGGAGCCUUGGGCCUGCGUGGAAUAACAGGCCCCAUUGGAGAGAGGGGGGAACCUGGAGUCCGAGGCUUACCUGGUCCCACUGGGAAGAUCGGACCUACAGGUGCACCAGGACCGCCAGGGAUAACAGGUCCCCCAGGACCUCAGGGUAGGUUAGGAGAUCCAGGACCUAAAGGAAUGCAUGGGCUUCCUAGCUUACCUGGCUCUCCUGGGCCUGCUGGUGGUCCAGGUAAACCAGGUCACUCGGGAAGCCAAGGCCUUCAUGGAUCUAAGGGUUUGGUUGGAUCGGCUGGGUCUCCAGGUAAACAUGGGGCUGACGGACCAAUAGGAUCAGAGGGAGAAAAGGGAGCGAAGGGAAUUCUGGGAGCUCCUGGUGACAGUGGACCCAAUGGUCUGGAUGGACAGCAGGGUCUUCCCGGCCCAGGGGGCGCUGGGGGCUCACUUGGGGACAAAGGGGAGCAGGGAGCCCAAGGCCCCCCAGGGAUGCCUGGCCCCCCAGGAGCCCUAGGAGAUCCGGGACCACAAGCUGCUGGAGGGUUUCAGGGUGACCCAGGACUGAAAGGCAAAGAGGGUAAUAUUGGAACUCCUGGCGAAACUGGAGACAGGGGCUUUAAAGGGCCAAAGGGGGAUAGGGGCCCCCACGGAUUACCAGGGCAGGGUGGUCCCUCUGGAACGCUUGGUAGAAGAGGGGAACGAGGUAUUAAGGGACCGAAAGGCUACACAGGACUGCCGGGUCAGCUUGGGCUGAUGGGUGAAGCUGGAGCCUUUGGUUUACCCGGAAUGGAGGGCGGGGCAGGUCCUCAGGGAUCGCCGGGUAGGGAUGGACCUCGGGGGCAAAAGGGUGAGAUGGGACCCAGAGGUGAGACUGGCCAGUCUGGGCUUCCUGGCGCUAAGAAGGGAAUGGCUGGAAAACCUGGAAUCAAAGGUGUCACAGGAUUACCAGGACCUCAGGGAACAACGGGAAGUAAGGGGCCCCAGGGAAUUAUGGGUCUGAAGGGCUACAUGGGGCAAGAAGGUCCUAAUGGCGAUCCGGGGGAUGAAGGGCAGCCUGGAGAACCGGGAUUAGAAGGUCUGCCAGGGAUUAGAGGCCCCAAAGCUCUCGCGGGAUUAAAGGGUUCCCCAGGACUGCAGGGGGAUCGAGGCCUUGCAGGACCACCAGGGACCCAGGGACCCAACGGGAGCCCCGGAGCAGAGGGGGAACAAGGACCAAAUGGAGAAAAGGGAGAAGGUGGACCUAAUGGACACCCAGGAAUGACAGGGCAUAUCGGAAAGACAGGGGCAAAAGGAAGGUCAGGAAUGACUGGAUCAAGAGGAUCUACAGGACAGAAGGGAGAAGGAGGACAGCCAGGAUCACAGGGGCCUCCGGCGGGGCAAGGUCCUCCUGGCAUGCCAGGGUCACGAGGACAAAAGGGACAGACAGGUGACAAAGGCCCAGAGGGGCACCAAGGGCCGAAUGGACCCCCCGGACGGCCUGGGACUGCAGGAUUAAAGGGGAGUCCAGGUAAUUUGGGGAAGGCAGGUGAAGAUGGAUUAAAGGGUGAACAGGGUGAUAUUGGUCCCACUGGCCCAAGGGGAGCACUUGGCUUGCCUGGACUUCCUGGAUUAUUUGGCCAAAAGGGGCUGAAGGGACUUAGCGGUCGCCGGGGACCAGCCGGGGCGAGAGGACCUCCUGGCCCACCUGGGGCUGGCGGGCCGCCGGGAAGCUCCCUGAGUCUGACGCUCAUGCAACUGAAGGCAAAGACACAUACUACAACGUUAUACAUUCUUGAAAUUGCAUAUAUAUCAGACAGCCCCAAUUAUCGAACAAUCCAAAUGUUCCUGAACACCCUGCACCGGGACCUGCAGUUACUUCUGGAGCCACCAGAUGGCACAAAAGAGCACCCAGCUACCACCUGCUUGGAACUGUGGCUCUGUCAUCCUUACCUUACCAACGGGUUCUAUUACAUUGAUCCUAACCAAGGCAGUCCUGCUGAUGCCUUUGCAGUUUACUGCAACUUCACUGCAGGAGUGAAGACCUGCAUUUCUGCCCGCAGUGCUCAGGUGCCUGAGAAGGCCUGGCUGAAGGACACUGGGCCGGAAGAGACCUUCCACUGGCUGAGUACUUUAGAGAAUGGCUUUGAGUUUGAGUACCCUGGAGCAAGUGUGGUGCAGCUCCGCUUCUUAAGACUCUACAGCAGAUCUGCCACUCAGAGCGUAACCUACUUCUGCACUUCAGGCAGCCACCAGGAAAGAGAGGCUAACUUCCUGGCUGAUACACGAAAGCAUAGUUAUUUGAGAGUGUUAAAAGACUGUGAGUCUUCUGAUACGACGCAGUCUGGGCUACGGGAGUCUGUGUUCCACUUCGAGAGCGAAGACCUGGAUCUCCUACCACUCAGAGACUUGGCUGUGUUUGGCGGCAGUAACUUUACCCAGAAGUAUGGAUUCACCAUUGGGCCUGUCUGCUUCUGUUAGAGGGGGCUUCUCAGGCCUUCAGUGGGUUUUUGGCCACUAUGAAUAAGACCUGCAGAAACUAUAAAAAAGGAACAAAGAUCCCUUUUCUCUAAAGCCUUUGUCACCCAGUUUCUUUCAGGCAACCAGAGCACAGCAAAAGUAAGAAUUACAAGACAUCUCCUUAUUUAUUUUCCAUUCAUUCCUUUGGCUUCAAGGGUUGGAUUACAUUGUUUUUGUGGGACUCACAAAUGACCCUUUUUGCUUACCAAGACUUUCAAAUAAUUAGGCUGAUUUACAGUAUUGGGGAGUACUGAAUUACAUGUAAUUAAACUAGGAGGACUACAUAUGGUGGUUCUUCAGCUACAAGUGUAUUUGCAUAGUGUUUGAAGUAGUUAGAUUACAUUUUUGCCAUUUUUUGUGUAGCAAAUUAAUGAAACUGCAAACAAUUCUGGGCCAUAAAAGUAAAGGGAUGUUUUUUAUUUUUAUUUUUCCAUUGCUUCUCUAUGGUUAGUAAUUGAACCCCCUUCGGGCCCCUUACCCUUUCAUCCUAACCGCUGUGAAGGCAUGCCCAGGCAACGCAUUUGCCAGGCUGCCAACAGGGGCUGGUGUUUCUCACUAAUAUCACACUUUGCUAAUAGAGCAUGACGUCAUGGAUGCACCACCUCAGCCUGAGCAUGAGGAAAAAUGAUCACUAACAGGUUCACAUGCACCUACAUUACGUCUGUUUAAAAUUGUGUGCUUAAUACACAUGCUGAAAGAAGUGUGUCUGUUUAUUUGUGUAGGCGCAAACUGACGACUGUUUUAUUUAAGGCACUUUUUGCAAUAAAAUCAAUUAGAGUGGUAUUUUUGCUGGCAUGUGAUUUUUUUAUUAUAGUAUUUUAUUAUAAUUUUGUAUCACAUGCACUACUGCAUUUCUAGUUUGGACUACAUUUUCUAAGUAGCUUAACUAGAUUUCUCCCUUAGCGUAGCUUUGCUGUAUCUUAACUUCUUCCAAUGUGAAGUCACUGGUAGCUUUAAAAGCUAAUGCAGCUACAGUAGUUUCCCCCAUCACUACCGAUGUAUGCAAUUGUUUUUGUAUAUUGGUAUCUUUUGUUACUUCAUAGGUGUACAGUUUAUUCAGUAAAUUCAGCUGCAGGUAUAUUUUUAAGAACCGUGGAGUCUACUAUUUGUAUGAUUUUACCUGAAAGUUUUUAACAAAGAAUUCUGAAUUAGUGCAGUACAGAGCAAAUGACUGAAACCGCAGAGAUAGCAGGAAUGUCACUUCUAUCCUGCUAUGCAAGUUAUUUUGGAUUAAACUUUCUGCUAAAAAAAAAAAAAAAAAGAAUUAAACUGUAUAAUUCAGUUUGUAUAAAAACAACUCAGUAAUGUAAUGGCUGUGUAUCAUUAUGACAUAAUUCAUACAUUGUACAUGUUGGUGUUUGUGCCAAAUGGAUGUCUCUUUAUAAUCAGACAUGUUUUGUGAGUAAUACACUACAUGCCAAGUAACAUAUAACAUCACACCACAGUAAAUGUAGGCUGGGUGAAGCUGGCCUAAAUUACUGUUGUCAUUGUACUGCAGCAAGGGUACCUUUAACUGCUUUGUCAUGUUAAGCAGUGACAGGAAUUAAAGAAACUGUCUGUAACAUGCAUAUAAUUUUGUCUGGGAAAAAAGUUGAAUGUUUGUAAAUCCAAAUGUUUGUAACUAAUAUUAUAACAUUGUGAUCAUACUUAUACCUACAUCUUAGAUUAGCUUAUCUGCCAAAAUUA